CCCAGACCUGGCAACAUCCUCGCAGCGUCGCUCUCAUUGAAUCAAGAUGGCAGAUUUCGAAGAGCUCAGCGAUGAAGAGAAGGUCCGAGUUGCUGCUAACUUUGUGACACAUGCUCCUCCAGGGGAGUUCAAUGAAGUUUUCAAUGAUGUGCGAUUAUUGCUCAACAAUGAUAAUCUUCUCAGGGAGGGGGCAGCUCAUGCCUUUGCCCAAUACAACAUGGAUCAGUUUAGCCGUGCCAAAAUUGAUGGAUAUGAAGAUCAGGUUCUGAUAACAGAGCACGGAGACCUGGGCAAUGGCCGCUUCUUUGACCCACACAACAAGAUCUCGUUCAAGUUUGACCACCUGAGGAAGGAAGCUAGCGAUCCCCAGCCCCACGAGGGCGAGGCCGCCCUCAGGUCCUGGAGAGACGCCUGCGAUUCUGCUCUGUGGGCAUACGUCAAGGAGCACUACCCCAGUGGAGUCUGUACCGUUUAUGGGAAGACAAUCGAUGGCCAGCAGACCAUUAUCGCUUGUAUUGAGGGCCAUCAAUUUGAGCCUAAAAACUUCUGGAAUGGCCGCUACAGGUCUGAAUGGAAGUUCAGUGUCUCGCAGUCUACAGCACAGUUGGUUGGAGUCUUAAAAGUACAGGUACAUUAUUAUGAAGACGGGAAUGUGCAGUUGGUCAGUCAUAAAGACGUGCAGGAGUCACUGACGGUGUCUAAUGAGAGCCAAACUGCAAAGGAGUUGGUGAAAAUUAUUGAGGAUGCAGAGAAUGAAUACCAGGUGGCCAUCAGUGAGAACUAUCAGACCAUGUCAGACACCACAUUCAAAGCCUUACGCAGACAGCUCCCGGUCACCCGUACCAAGAUCGACUGGAACAAGAUCCUCAGCUACAAGAUUGGCAAGGAGAUGCAAAACGCCUAGAAGAAAAGAGUCUGUCGGGGUAACAACAAACUGUCCGGGGAGGAGGCGAUGCGGCAUAACGUACUGUAUGUUUUUACAGAGAGUUGCAGGUUCUGUGGAGUACUAAGAUGGGAUGCCUUUAUUUUAAACAAUGAAAUCAGUGUUUUUGUCGCUUAAUUGUAAACUUGUGAUUUUUCAACAAAUUAUGCCUUCAGUGACACUGUGAAAGUGAGGCUGGUCCCUGCCAACCAAAUUCUCACAUUGUGAUCUUAGUGCUUUGAAAGUACACAAACAAACCCAAGACUCUUCCCCAGUUUCCAUGUAGCCACUCUUGCAUUUUUCUAUUAUAGCAUAACUAAUAUUCUUUGUAUGCUUCCAAUACCUCCUAUAGAUGUUUUCUUUUUGUUUGUUUUUUAACAGAGGGCAAGCACUAUAUGCAAUUUAUUUCUGGAGUCAAGAGAUUUUUGUUGUAUCAUCAGAGUCAGUCAGAAUUGUCUCUCUCUCUCUCUCUUUUCUUUCUUAGGAGCAUUCCUGUAGUUGUGAGGUUGUAACCUGCAGGCAUGCCAAAGCUUAAAUGUUGUUGGGUUUUUAGUUUAUUUCUCCCUUUUCUCCCUUUUGUCCCAUCUGGGAACAGUUCUUGUAUUCUCUCUUGAGGUGUAGUUUCUUUAUUUCUCUAUAUCCCCCUGGAAUGAUAGAUCAAAUAUUGUGUCCUCUUGCCAGCUGUUUGCCUUUAGCCUGUGCUAUAUUUUUUAUACAAACUGUAAGUACAUUUAUUAUUCAUUAAAUAAAAGUAUUGCACCAAAUAUGAUCUUAUAUAUACUUGA